GUCCAUAACAAAUGCCGCUAUUGUUGGUUGAUGACAAGUCUGUGGCUAGUGGCUAUAUAUACGCAUGCUCUCUCUUCUGAAAUUAAGCGCCAAGGAAUUAUAUAUAUCUCACAUAUAUGAUAUAGCUACCAAGCAAGACUAUUCUCCCUAGCUACCUAUCGAUCUCGCCUUCCCUUCAAUGGCUCAAGUGAAAGCCGGAUACUGGUACUUCCAGAGUAACUUCCCGGUGACCAACAUAGAUUCCUCCCUUUUCACCCAUCUUUUUGCUGCCUUUGCCAAUGUGGACCCUAUCAGCUACCAAGUCGCCUUUCCUCUCAAGGGUUCGGUGCAGUUUCAUUUCUUCACCGAAUCUGUGCGACAAGGAAACCCUGAUGUUAAAACCAUUCUCUCCAUCGGCGGAGGAGGCUCCGAUCCUUCCAUCUUCGCUUCAAUGACUAGCACUCCUGGCUCUCGGCAAACAUUCAUAGAUUCCUCCAUCCGUCUAGCCCGGACUUACAACUACGAUGGCCUCAGCCUCAACUGGCAGCAUCCCUACUCGAGCGAAGAAAUGGCCAACCUUGGCUCACUCCUCACUGAAUGGCGAGCUGCCGUGAAGGAAGAGUCCCGGCGCGCUGGAAAAGCGCCGUUGCUUCUAGCCGCAGCGGUGUUUUACUCCUCAGACUUUUCGUCUUUCUUGAAAUAUCCGAUUCAGGCUAUCUCAGAUAGCUUGGACUGGGUCAACGUAAUGGCUGACGAUGUGUACACCCCUGAUUUAUCACCCAAGCUGACUGGACCGCCUGCUCCAUUGUAUAAUCCAACAAGCUGUCAAAGUAGCGUGGACACCGGCGUCAGAGCUUGGAUUCGUGCAGGUUUGCAGGCCAACAGAUUAGUCCUCUGCCUUCCAUUUCAUGGCCGCAGUUGGGUACUGGCGAAUGCUAAGAACCAUGAAAUAUUCUCGCCGGCGAACGGAGCGGUGGCUGGAAGUGACCCCAUACCAUAUAGCAAAAUCGUGAGUACUAUGACUAGUGCCGUAAAAGAGUUUGAUCCCUCUUAUGUGACGGACUAUUGCUAUUCUGGGACGACAUGGAUUGGUUAUGACGGUAAAGAUAGCAUCUCUACUAAGGUUAGAUAUGCCAAGAAAAAGGGAUUGCGCGGUUACUUUGCAUGGCAUCUUGACGACGACACUGUUGACUGUAAUCUUUCAAAGAUAGCUUCUGAAGCAUGGGAUAAUGCGUGAUGGUAUCACUAGAAGCUUCUAUUACAGACAUUAAGGCCAAUAAUUAGUUGUGUCGUGCGUGUUUAGAAGCUUGUAUUAUCCACAAUAAGGCCAAUUAAUAUCAGGUGUGUUGUAAGGCCAAUAAUCAGACCCGCGUGUAUUUGUAACAUAGAAGCUUGUAUUAUCAACAAUAAGGCCUGUAAUCAGAUAUGUCGUGUACGUUUAGAAGCUUAAUAGUAUUAUACUUGUAUUAUCAACAAUAAGGCCAAUUAUCAAAUAUGGUGUGUUGUAUGGCCAAUACUCGGAUGUGCUCUGUUAUUUCGAUCAUAUAUAGAAGCUUUUAUUAUCCAUAAUAAGGGCAAUAAUCAGA